AAAUUCGAACAAGAAGCCAGCUUCAGCUUCGCUGGUCCAACACAGCCGCCUGUAACAUGAAAGCUCAUCACAGCUGAAGGGGGCGUCGGAAAGGAAGUGGCUUUCAGUCAUUCCGUUUCAUGAACAGCUCCCAUGCGUCAUUUUCCCACCUGCAUUCAGACGAACCUCGUCAUUCUGCACUGCGAUUGGCUGGUGUGAAGCCCCUCCCCCUUCCACUGACAAAAUACUUAUGGGCAUGGACCAGUAGCCAAUCGUAGUGCAGGAGGGCGGGGCUUAUAGGAAUAAGGGUGGAGGCAAAACAGCUCAAGCAGAAGAGGACAAGGCGGCGAGUCAACCUCAACCGGCACCAAUGGCACAGAAGUGAAAUGGUCAUUUUGCACGUUCAUGGAGGGCAGUUGGUGUCUCUGCCGUCCAGCAGCAGCCCGUGAAAAUGCCUCAGCCCAGAGUCAAGUUGGUCGUGACCGGAGAUGAUUUUGGGUACUGCGAGAGGAGGAACCGGGGGAUCGUGGACUGUUUCAAGGACGGAGCGAUCUCCAACGUGUCCCUGCUGGUCAACGCCGCCUCGGCGGAGCACGCAGCUGAGCUGGCCAAGAGGCAUCACAUUCCUAUUGGACUCCAUGCCAACCUCUCAGAGGGUGCUCCAGUGUGUCAGGAGCUGAAGAGAUCCACACUCAUUAACAAAGAUGGCUUCUUUCAUGGCAAAAUGGGCUUCCGCGAAGUUUUACAGAGUGGACAGAUGAACAUGGCAGAGGUGGAGGCGGAGCUCAGGGCUCAAGUUAAGCGUUUUUGUGAGCUCACUGGUCACCUGCCCGGUCACAUGGACGGCCACCAGCACGUGCACGUGUUGCCAGAGGUGCGAGAAGUGUUCGCGCAGGUACUCUCUGACUUUGGGAUCUCUUACACACGCGUCCCAGUGGAGCCUGGUCUCCAUUCGUGUCCUUUUUUACCUCCUCAUCUCAGAGACUUCUACUUGCAAGUUGAGAAAGACGCCCUCCAGUCUGUGGAGGUCUUCCAUCGCCAUGGCAUCAGAUGGCCAGAUGUGUAUUUGGGCCUCACUACAAUGGGGCAGAACAUGUCCUUUGCAAACCUCAAAAGAGCACUGGGCUUCGCUAUGGAAGCACAGACAUCCAUAGCGCAGGACGAUGACCUCGAUGCCUCUGACCUGUAUCAGCCAAUCACGGUGGAGCUGAUGGUGCACCCUGGGUAUCCGAGUCAUCCUCUGCAAGGUGGUUGUGGCGAAGGGCCAGAUGACUUCUCGCAGUCCUCCGAUCGUCUGCAUGAGCUUAACACACUGAGGGACCCAGCGCUGCUCAGCUACUAUAAGCAGCAGAGAAUCCUCCUCUGUGCCUUCAACGACUUUUAAACACUUAAAGGCCACUUAACCGGGUCCUCAGGUGCUGCUGGUCUCAAGGGGUUUACAAGAGACAUAGAAUGUAACACCUGACUUAACUAAUGAGCUUUUCUCCAGAUCCUCAAAGGAUAAAUCGGUUACAUAGUCAGGUGGUGCAAGACCUGGUUAGCAAAGGUAACGGAAGAUGUUUACAUCCUCCUGUGUCGAAGUGCAAUGUUGUUUUUGUGCUUUGGAUACGUUGGUCUUGGAUCAAUGUCCAAAUCUUAAUACCAGACAUUGGAGAUAAGAUGCUUAGGAACAACAUCAAAUCGCACAUUGUUCACUGUGACAGAGGUGUCCUCAGUCAGGGGUCAUGCUUCAUGUAGUUCUCUUUAUUACAAAAUGAAGGUGUUUUUAGGUAACAACCUCAGUAGAAAACCAUAGGGAACCACCCCUAAGGGUGUGUAUUUUUAUUAAAUAUUACCGAUUAUUGGAAAGUUUUAUGACGUUUUAACUAAACCGGGCCAUUCCCAAAAGUUGGAACCAUCCGAUUUGUGAUUGUGUUGCACAUGAAGAUGGCAGUGUCCAACUGAGCAUGUAGCAAUUACUCUGUAUUUUUUAAAAAAAAUGUAUAUGUAUAUAUUUUGCACAUUUUUCUUACAUGUACUGUAUCAGAUGUAUUUAUGAUAUUUUUGGUGUAACAUUAUUUGAAUUAAAAUCACAACCCUUUUAUUCCACACGA